UCUGGGCGCAGAAUGGAAACUGAAACUGAAACUAUUCUUCAGGCAGCCUGGGUGGCUCAGAAGCUUCCGAGGAGCUUCCGUCUCUGGAUUCCGUGCUCUGAGUUCCUGCAGAGCAGUCCUGCCGCUCUCAGCAGGCAGCAGAUUUUCCAUCUCAUUUUAGAGGAGACAGAGUAAAGGAUAUUUCAUGAUAAAUAUUUCUUAAUUCAGGUUGGAGACAGAGAGCAGCAAGAAUGGAAGAACAUUACACAGGAAUUUUAGAGGAAAUGUCAAAAUUAAUCUUGGAAAAUAUGCCAAAGGCUGACUAUUCCAGUUUAUUCAAUGAUUUUGUUGAAUCUGAGUUUUUUCUGAUUGACGGAGACUCCUUGCUUGUCAUGUGUGUAUGUGAGAAGUCGCUAGAGCCGGGGCAGAGUCUCCACUUCUUCUACCUGGUUGAGCGCUACCUGCUGGAUGUCAUUAGCAAAGGAGGACAUUUUGCCAUAGUAUUCUUCAAGGAUGCUGAAUAUGCAUACUUCAGAGUCCCCGGACUUCUUACACUGAGAACUGCUUUAAUUAUGCACCUUCAGAAGAAUACUGCCAUUGAUGUUUGGACUGAAUUUUCUGGAUGCUUGUCAGAAGAGUGGAGUAUUACCUUAAGUCAGAGUUGCCCAUAUUUCUUAAUUCUUGCUGAUGAAGGCCUGAACGACCAACAGACACACCUUUUCAACUUUUUAGUCAUUCAAUCUUGGGCAGCAAAGGUCAACAUUGCUCUCUUCUCAGGGCAAACAUCUGACAUCAUCCGUCUUUAUGCAUAUUUUAUGCAAAGCUCAUAUUCAAAGCAGCUGUUUUUCAAGCAGUUUGAGAAGGACAUUAUGAUUGAUUACAAAACCCUGAUUCAACAGUUGGAAAAAUGUAGAGACCUGGAUUUAACAACUCUAUUUGGAGAUUUGACAUUCAAUAAUAUGGUGGAAAAGGCUUGUGAGACGAUGUCUCUACUCAAGCAACUCUGGCCAGAAGGCUCUGACAUCCGGCGAGCCCUUUGUGUCACUUCAUGCUCCCUCUUCUUGGAAAUGUACCACAGCUUCUUAGAGAAUAGAGAGAAGAAAUCCUCCAAGAAGAUGUGCAAAGUCAAACAGCAACAAGGUAGGUGUUUAACCCUGAAGGACGUGGAAGACUUCUGUAAGCUCCAUUGCCUCAGUGUCGUUUUUCAUCUUCAUCUACCUCUUUCUCAAAGAGCCUGCUCAAGAUUUGUCACUUCUGAUUGGAUUAAGGACCUCAAGACUGUCUUUAAAAUGAAACAGUGGUGCGAGUAUUUCAUCCUCAGUAAUGUGCACAUGAUUGGAUUUUGGAGUUUGGAUUUACUUCACCUUUCUGAUUUUAGUGAUGAGCCUUUGUUGAAGAAUAUUGCUUUUUACUAUGAAAAUGAAAAUGCAGAAGGCCUUGAUUUGAAUGUAGGAGAUGCCAUCAUGGAGGAGUAUGUACAUCUCUGGAACACAGUGUCAAAGUUGGUGGGAAAAUUUGAAGUAGGAAAUUCAUUUCCUUUGAGAACAACAGAAUGCCAUUUUCUUAAAAAGACACCAUCGCCAGUCAAAGAAAGUUCUCAAGAAAAGAUGCCAAAUUUGGGUUUUAUUCCAAUGUCAUGUGCUUUGGUUGAUGAAUUUACUGGUGACAUUUUGAAAGACUUGCCUUUCCUAAAGAAUGAUGACCCCAUUGUUUCCUCACUGGUUAAGCAUAAGGAAUUCGAUGAGCUUGUGCACUGGCAUUCCCACAGACCUCUCAGUGAUGACUAUGACAGGACAAAGGCCAAUUUCAAUGAGUGUACAAGAGACCCCCGUUAUCUUAGAAGUGUGCAGAAAUAUCAUGUUUUUCAACGAUUUUAUGGGAACUCAUUAGAAUCAGUCUCUUCUAAGCUCAUCAUAACUCAAGGUGCUAAGCCCAAGAAGGAUUGCAGUAAGUCCAGGAGCAAAAAGCCACGUGAGACUAAGGCUGACAGAAUUGCUAGAGAGAAUAAGAAGAGGUUGAUUGCCAAGGAAGAACAAAGGGAAGAACAACAAUGGAAUACCCUGUCAUCUUCUAUUGAGAAGGAGAUGAAAAGGAAUUUUAGCUCUGGGAUGAAGAAGCUGGAAGAGUUUUUGAAAUCAUGUAAAAGUAACUCAGUAAAAGUUCAGGCUGAAAAAGUUGGGUUAACGGCUUGCUUGACAGCAUGGAAGGAGCACUGCCGAGCUGAAGGUGAAGCCACAAAAGACUUCAGCAUAGCUGUCGAUAUGAUGAAGAGAAUUCACUCCUUGCUGGACAAACACUCUGAGCUUCUGCAGGAAGCAGAUCGGAAACUCAUAGCCAGAUGUCUUUUGUGUUUAGGGUUUGAUGAACUAGCAAAUUCUUUGUAUCCAACUCAGGAUGAAACAGAUGACAUAAAAAUGAAAAAAAGGAAUAAAUAUUCAGUAGGAAUUGGGCCAGUUAGGUUCCAACUACAAUAUAUGGGUCACCAUUUGAUACGAGAAGAAAGAAAAGAUCCAGACCCCAGAGUCCAAGAUUUUAUUCCUGAUACAUGGCAGCGGGAGCUGCUGGAUGUGGUGGAUAACAACGAAUCUGCAGUGAUUGUUGCCCCAACCUCCUCUGGCAAAACCUAUGCUUCCUACUACUGCAUGGAGAAGGUGCUGAAGGAGAGUGAUGAAGGCGUGGUUGUGUAUGUUUCACCCACAAAGGCACUUGUGAAUCAAGUGGCAGCAACUGUCCAAAAUCGUUACACCAAAAUUCUGCCAGCUGGUCAAGUUGUUUGUGGCGUUUUUACUAGGGAUUAUCGUCAUGAUGCCCUGAACUGCCAGGUCCUUGUUACUGUGCCUGCCUGCUUUGAAAUUCUCCUACUGGCUCCUCAUCGCCAAAGCUGGGUGAAGAGGAUCAGAUACGUCAUAUUUGAUGAGGUACAUUGUCUUGGUGGAGAAAUUGGAGCAGAAAUCUGGGAGCAUCUCCUUGUCACGAUCCGAUGUCCAUUUUUGGCCCUUUCAGCUACCAUAAGCAACCCCCAGCAUCUUACUGAGUGGCUCCAGUCAGUAAAGAGGUACUGGAAACAAGUAGACAGUGCAAUGGGGAAAAGAACUUUUUCCAAAAGAAAUUCUGCCUCCCGUGGCAGUCACCAUGAAGACCAAGGGCAAGCCAGACAGUCAUACAAAGUUAGACUUGUGAUCUACGGAGAGAGAUACAAUGACCUAGAGAAGCACAUAUGUUCUGUGAGACAGGGUGAUGUUUGCUUUGAUCAUUUUCACCCAUGUGCUGCACUAACCAUAGAUCAUGUAAGUAACAACCUUUGCCACAGUUGUUCCAUGUAACAGCACUGUCUGGCGAAUAUACAUAUUAGAGUACUACUCAGCAGUAAAAAACAAGGACUUCUUGAAGUUUGCAGGCAAAUGGAUGGAAAUAGAAAACACUAUUCUGAGUGAGGUAAGCCAGACCCAAAAAGAGGAACAUGGGAUGUACUCACUCAUAUUUGGUUUCUAGCCAUAAAUAAAGGACAUUGAGCCUAUAAUUCGGGUUCUUAGAGAAGCUAAAUAAGAAGGAGAACCCAAAGAAAAACAUAUAGGCAU